AUGGCAAACAACAAUACUCACAAGAUCGGCCAAAGGCUUAUGGUCAAUGCCAUUGACGACAUCGCCGAGAAAGAUCCAGAGAGAACGGUUUGCAUCAUGCCGGAGACAACCGACAGUUCGGAUUCUUUUGUGAACCUGAAUUUCAGACAGCUUGCCCAUGCGGUGAAUUACACGUCUUGGUGGAUAGAGAAGUCUUUUGGGCGUCACAAUAGCUCUCCGCAAGAGACGUUGACUUAUCUUGGGGCGAAUGACUCUCGGUAUCUGAUUAUUGUUAUGGCUUGUAAUAAGACUGGUUAUCAGCCCCUGCUUUCCUCUACUCGAAACUCUCAGGCGGCACAACUCCGUCUCCUGGAAAUGACCGACUGCUCGAAGCUCGCAUAUAGUUCUGAGCGAAAGCAAAAGGCAGAGGAGAUCGAGGAAUGUCGUUCUGAUUUGAAGAAUGCACAAAUUCCAUCGUUAGCUGAGAUUCUUGCAAGCAAUACCGAAUUAUACCCCUUCACGAAGACAUUCGAAGAGGUCAAGAACGAUGUGGCUUUUAUCGCUCACAGCUCGGGAACUACUGGAUUUCCCAAACCAAUUCGCCUCACAUACGGCUACUUUGGCGCUCUGGACCAUGGUAGAUACGUCCCCAUCCCCGAAGGACGAACAGCAGGUGUACCAGAUCGAUUGACUCCCAACGACCUUAUCCUGUCCACGACUCCCUUCUUCCACAUGAUGGGCUUCUCCUUGAUGGUCAUGACCGUCUUCCAUGGAAUUCCUUGCGUGAUCUUACCCGACAAGCCGCUGUCGACUGACCUUUUGACAACAACCCUCAACUCGACAAAGCCAACAGCAGCCCUCUUUCCACCAUGUAUUCUAGAAGAUAUGACCGCAUCACCCGUAUCCAUGGAUGCUCUGUCGGGACUAAAACAUGUCUACUUUGGGGGCGGUCCUCUUUCUCCCGAUGCUGGACGUAAGGUCAGCGAACACACCAAGCUCGUUAGCUUCCUUGGGAUGACGGAGGGUGGUUGGGUAUUGUCGCUUGUUCCAGAGGAUAAAGAAAACUGGUCGUAUUUCGAAUGGAGUCCGACGUUUGGUAUCAAGAUGGAGUCAAUUGGCGAGGGUGGACUCGCGGAGAUGGUCUUGCAUAGACACGAGAGGCCGGAUCUGCAGCCCAUCUUCCACACAUUCCCUGAUAUUCCAGCAUACCACACGAAAGAUCUCUACUCGCCUCAUCCGACGAAGCCAGGUCUUUGGAAGUUCCACGGUCGCCUGGACGACGUGAUUGUUCUGAACAACGGCGAAAAGUUCAAUCCAGUCACCAUGGAGAAAAUCAUCGAGGGACAUCCUUUGGUCGCUCGAGCUGUCGUUGUUGGUCUGGGCAAGUUCCAAACAGCGCUCAUCGCCGAACCUAACUGGAACCAGGAAAUCCCAGAUGAGAGCCAGUUUAUUGAGGAGAUCUGGCCGACUGUGCAAGAAGCAAACCGUAUCAGCGUGGCUCAUGGUCGAGUCAUGAAGGAUAAGAUCGGAGUAGCGUCUCGCGACAAACCAUUCAGCACCACACCCAAGGGAAGCACGCAACGACGACUGGUAACGGAUAGCUACCAAGAUGAGAUUGAGGCUCUUUACAACAAGCGCGCAUCAGCUGAUGCCUGGGUUGAUGCAAUUUCGGGAGCUACUGAGCUAUCCGAUAUCGUCCAAGUUAUCCGUAAUAUGAUCUCGGAGGCUAUUAGCCUUUCACCAGCAGAGUUCACAGACCAGAUGGAUUUGUACAGUAUUGGACUGGACUCGUUGCAGACGUUGCAGCUGAGCACGAUUCUCCAAGUCGCGGGCUUCAAGACCUUCACGCCCCAGAUGGUCUACGCAAAUCCUAGCGUUGACAGGCUUUCCAAUCUUCUCUACGGUAUCGUUCACGGCGUUCAAACGGAGGAAGGCGCAACUUCGCGGUCUGAGCGCGUCGACACCCUGGUCAAAAGGUAUACGGAUGAUCUGCGUCAACCGGAGGUUGGCACAAACGGCGUGAGCAACGGCGUCAAUGGCACAGAGAAAAAACAUGCCGUCAUCUUAACCGGAUCUACGGGCUCCCUGGGCACAUACAUCCUCAACAACCUCUUGAACGACAACAGCGUUUCCAAGGUCUAUUGUCUAAACCGCACCACUGACGCCCAAGAACGCCAGACCCAGAGCUUCAAACAAAAGGGCCUAACAACCCUCGAAAGAUCUCAAGCGGAUAAAGUAGAAUUCCACACCGUCUCCCUUAACAAAGAACACUUCGGCCUUUCCGACACCACCAAAUACACCGAGAUGCUCUGCACAGUCGACACUGCCAUUCAUAACGCCUGGCGAAUGGACUUUAACAUCUCCGUCGAGUCUUUCCAGGACCAGAUUCAGGCUGUUCGCCGGCUGGUUGACUUCUGUAAACAGAGCACGCAUCACGCACACUUCUACUUUAUGUCCUCCAUUGGGGCUAUUGGUGAAUGGAAGCGUUCGGGCGGAGAUACUGUCCCAGAGGUACCAUUCGAAUCAUGCGAUGUCGCGCUUCGUCAAGGAUACGGAGAGGCGAAGCACGUUUGUGAGCGGAUUUGUCUCGCUGCGUCUAAGGUGGGUGUGUCGACAACUAUUCUCCGGUUGGGACAGAUUGGCGGUCCUACCACGGACGCUGGGAUGUGGAAUCCGUGGGAGUGGCUGCCAGCUAUUGUGCAAACAUCCAAGACCAUCGGCAAGAUCCCUCAUACAUUGGGUGCUGCGCCGCUCGAUUGGAUUCCAGUGGACACCCUCUCAACCAUAAUCCAAGACCUCAUUCACACCCGCCAAACCCAGGAUUCAAACACCUGCGCAGUCUUCCACCUCGUUAACCCCACCCGCACAACAUGGGAAGCCCUCCUCCCUUCCAUCCACAAAGCCUAUAGCAACACCAUACAACCCGUCGACAUGCAAGACUGGAUCAAAGAGUUGGAGCGUAUCGAGAAGCCCUCUCCUGAAGAUCUCGCUACGAAACCAGCUCUCAAGUUGCUGGGCUUCUAUAGAAGUCUGGUCCAGGGUGAGGGGGCGCUUUCUGUGCCGCUUAGCGUGGAGAGGACGAAGGAGUCGAGUGUGACGAUGCAGGGCUUGGGGCCGAUUUCGGGCGAGUUGAUGGGGAAUUGGUUGAGGCAGUGGAACUUUUGAGUGUAUGAGGGCUAGUUGUUGAUAGCACGGAUAUAUAACUAGGGGUACCAGUGCAAUGUACUUACUGCUGCUGAAUUACUUCUUAAGGUCACUAAAAGAACAAUGACU